AUGGCAAGAUUGAAUAGGCGAUCAAGUCUUCUAUUCUUACCGCUUCUCUACACUUUCAAUGUCCGCUGCCAGAAUAGCUCUGCUCUGAUCUGGGCCAUCCAGCACAACCAGUCGAAACUCGCGAAAACCCUACUCGAAGAGUAUCGAGCAAACCCAAACACGAUGGAUGGAAGACUUCGGACGCCGCUAUUCUACAUCCCAGGUAUUCGAACGGAAAGACAUCACGUGAUUCGUUUUUUGAUCAGGAACGGCGCAGACCUCAAUUGGAGAGAUGAUCAUCAGCAAACGCCCUUACUGUACUCCCUUCAAAGAAAGUUUUUACCAGUAGCCAGAGAUCUUCUGGGGUACUCGGGUACAGAAGUGACUGCUCGGGAUAACAAGGGCCGCAACGUGAUUUGGUAUGCUAUCGCCCAUCAAGAUAAGGAAUUGAUUCAGGCCUUCCUGGAUAGAGGGGUUGAUACCCUUACAGCCGACUGCAAAGGAAUCGACCCUAUCAACAUAGCUAUCCUGAAUCAGAGCAGUGCCGUUCUUACCAUGUUGCUUGACCAUAUCAAAAAGAAGCCUUCAGCGGCAAACCUGGAUGGCCUGAACAGCCGUGAGCAUCCGCUAUUUAUUGCCACGCGCAAAGGAUCGAUAGAAAUGGUCCGAAUAUUGAUUUCCUACGGGGCAAAUCUUAACAUCAGGAACCGAAAAGGUCAGAAUCUGCUUCAUCAAGCAGCCAUAAAAGGAUGCAGUGAUAUUUUGCAAACUUUUCUCGAUUACAACAUGAUACCUAUCAAUGCUACCGAUACAAGGGGAGCAACAGCGCUACAUUUGGCCGCAGAGCGUGGGCACAAAUCGAUCGUGAAGAUUUUAUUAGCUUUUCCCGGCAUGGAAAUCGAUUCUCGUGAUGGAGACGAAACCACAUCUCUAUGCAUCGCUUUUCGUGAGAAUAAACAGUCCGCGGCCUUGCAAAUUUUAUGUGACGGGUCGGCUGACAUCAACGCGUCCUGCCGACGUGGGCAAACGGCCCUUCAUCAUGCUGUAAAAAAUGGCAAUAUUCUGCUCGUGUGUGUUCUCCUCGAAAUUGAGAGCCUAGAUCCGAAUAUUCGGGACGGAUGUGGCUGGACUCCCAUCACCUAUGCUGUAUUAGGUGGCAGUCUACGAUUGCUGGAGGUACUUCUCACGAGACAAGAUAUUGCGCUGAAUGUUCGAAAUGCCUCGCCGAUUUUCUGGGCCUGCGAGAAGGGCCAUAUGGAGAUCGUACGCCGGCUUCUUGACCACAAUGAUGUCGAUAUUGACAAAUCGGUCUGGAAUAAAUCUCCUCUUCCGAGCACUGCUCUCAAUCAUUGA